UUGGUUUCUCUGUUGCUGUCGUCUUUCUGUUACCAACUCCGCUCAGUUUAUGAAUAAUAUUUGCACAAGUUUAUUUUUACCUUCGGCGACGUUGCAGCAUCUGGCCGCCGAAAGCCGAAAUGGUGUUUAAAGUUACUGUCAGCAGUGCCCGGAGGGCAACGAGGACGAUGUGGCUGCUCGUGCUGGUAAGCCUGCCUGUUUGCAUCAGUGUUUGCCGAGCAUCAUCACCUCAGGAAGACAGUGCCAUGGAGAACAUCGUUACAGAGAAAAAGGCUGAGGAGAGCCACAGACAGGACAGUGCGGACCUGCUGAUCUUCAUCCUGCUCCUCACCCUCACCAUCCUGACCAUCUGGUUGUUCAAACAUCGGCGGUUCAGGUUUCUGCACGAAACCGGGCUGGCGAUGAUUUAUGGCUUAAUUGUUGGAGUGAUUUUGCGUUAUGGCAUUCAUGUUCCUCGGGAUGUUAGCAACAUCACCAUGGACUGUCACGUUAAUGCCAGUCCUGCCACUCUGCUGGUCAAUGUCAGUGGCAAGUUCUACGAGUACACAUUGAAAGGGGAGAUCAGUGGCAAUGAGGUGAACGACGUGCAAGAUAAUGAGAUGCUGCGCAAGGUGACCUUUGACCCUGAAGUGUUCUUCAAUAUUCUCCUACCGCCUAUCAUCUUCCAUGCCGGCUACAGCUUGAAAAGGAGACAUUUUUUCCGCAACAUGGGAUCCAUCUGCUAUGCCUUUCUUGGGACAGUCAUUUCCUGUUUCUCCAUCAGGUUGCUGAUGUAUGGCUGUGUGAUGCUGAUGAAACAGGUGGGCCAGCUGAAUGGAGACUUCUUCUUCACUGAUUGCCUGUUUUUUGGAGCCAUUGUCUCUGCCACAGACCCUGUGACAGUCCUGGCUAUCUUCAACGAGCUGCAGGUUGACGCAGAUCUCUAUGCAUUACUGUUCGGAGAGAGUGUGCUUAACGAUGCCGUAGCCGUGGUUCUUACCUCCUCUAUAGUAGCAUAUCAGCCAGGAGACAAUAGCCACACCUUUGAGGUUAUGGCCAUGCUGAAGUCUUUUGGGAUUUUUUUGGGAGUUUUCAGCGGCUCGUUUGCACUGGGAGUGGCCACCGGAGUCGUCACCGCUCUCAUAUCUUUUAUUUUUUUGGUUUUGAGGGAUUUCCAGCUGCUGGAGACUGCUCUGUUCUUCCUCAUGUCGUGGAGCACGUUCUUGCUGGCUGAGGCUUGUGGCUUCACAGGUGUUGUAGCAGUGCUCUUCUGUGGAAUCACACAGGCCCACUACACCUACAAUAACCUGUCUCCUGAGUCUCAGGACAGGACCAAGCAGCUGUUUGAACUUUUAAAUUUCCUGGCAGAGAACUUCAUUUUCUCCUACAUGGGACUGACCCUUUUCACAUUCCAAAACCAUGUCUUCAGUCCGAUGUUCAUCAUUGGAGCUUUCAUAGCAAUAUUCCUAGGAAGAGCUGCUAACAUCUACCCUCUCUCCUUCCUUCUUAAUCUGGGACGACGCAACAAGAUCAGAUCUAACUUCCAGCACAUGAUGAUGUUUGCAGGCCUGCGAGGUGCAAUGACCUUUGCACUGUCCAUCAGGGACACUGCAACAUACGCUCGUCAGAUGAUGUUUUCCACCACUCUGCUUGUGGUCUUCUUUACUGUAUGGAUUGUGGGGGGUGGUACCACUCAGAUGCUGUCCCUGUCAGCGCAUACGAGUGGGAGUGACUCGGAUCAAGAUAACUCUCUCAGUCUCGCUGAAGGCUCAGAGAGAAGAAGCACCAAACAAGAAAGUGCCUGGCUUUUUAGAAUUUGGUACAACUUUGACCACAACUACCUGAAGCCCAUCCUGACUCACAGCGGCCCCCCUCUCACAGCCACGCUCCCUCCCUGCUGCGGCCCCCUCGCCCGCUUCCUCACCAGCCCUCAGGCUUUUGAGAAUGAGGGCCAGCUGAAGGACGACGACUCGGACCUCAUCCUGAGAGAUGGCGACAUCAGCCUCACGUUAUGGCGACAUACAGUCAGUACUGAUGCCAGCGGUUCCCACACUAGCAGCGGCCCUGCCUUUGCCGGCGCUGCCACCUCUGAUGACUUGGACAGAGAGUUGGCAUACGGAGAUAAUGAGCUGGUGAUGAGGGGCACACGCCUGGUGCUGCCCAUGGACGACUCUGAGGCCCCUUUCACAGAGUCCCACCACCGCAUGCGGAUGUGAAAAAGAGUCUUUGAAUACAAACCCAGGAAACCGUCCAACACCAACCUGACCCAAGCCAUUGAGCAAAAGACCAGUACCUGACUCUCAUUCUUUCACUUCUUUGCUUUUAUUUCUUCUAUGCUUGCACUUUGCCUCAUCCUUCUUUCCACAUUUUCUCCACGUAUUCUAUGGGCGCGAAUCAUCUUCUCUACCUCAUUCUCUUUCUGCUUAUUUCCACACCUUUCUGCCAUUACUGUAAUAAAGUCAUAUUUAUUUGCAGGGCUUUUUUUUUUUUUUGGAAAAUCAGUUUUACUUAGCUUAACUUUCUGUGUCACCUUACUGUAGCAUUGCACAGAGAUCUAGCAGCAUGUGUCAGUGUUUAAAUGCAACCACUAGCUAAUUUUGUCAGUGUAAAGUAUAUCUCAAGAGUACUAUAACUUUGAUAUGCAUGCUGAGGAUUGCUAGUUGUUUUCUUUGUAUGGGAGAUUGAGGGCUUUUGUGUUGAAUGUUGCUGCCUUCUCUCUGUGCGUCAGAGGCAAGCUGACCCAGUGGACAACUUUACUGUACAUUUGGUUACAAUCAAGUGCCUGGGAAUUGUCGUUUUUGGCAGCCUAAUACUGGAUUAGCUCGUAGAAGCAGAGCCAAUUCAGUAUGCGCAGUUCAUUCACUUUUCCUUUGUAAAAAAAAAAAAUAGAAAAAAUACUUAAAAACAGACACCUCUGUCCAUAAGGUAGCAAUAUACUUAGUGUGUGUUUGGGCUGUCCAUUUGUGCUAUUUGCUUGUAAAUAGUGUGUAACAAUGUGAUGCCAGUGUUGCAGUGUAACCGGGCAGUGAACAUUGUGGAUCUCUCCCAAUGACCUUUGACUGUGACAUAGAGGGAGACUUAACACCUUAUUUUAGAGGCCAGUGUCGUUCACAGCAGAAAGAAGGGCGUUGUUGUUUGAGAUCCAAAUGAGGAUAAAGUGAGAAAGCUUAGUGCCAUUUCUGUCCAGCAUUUUUACAUUUUAUGAAAUCUGACUGUAGAUGACCCUUAAAGUGUUUUGUAUUCUUUCUGCAACAGAGGUUUUUGUGCUGAAUCACAUCUUUCAUAUCCAUUUUCUAUUAUAUAUUUUCCCACUGAAUUAACCUGAAAGACGCAUCUAGAUAGCUGAAUCUGACGCUAAAGAACCUAUUACAGUCGUAUUAGUACAUUUUUCAAGUGACUGUGCUUAAUAAGAACUAUCUGUAUCUGCUUUUGGUUAGGGCCGCAGACAGCGAUUCAUUCAUCUGCCAGCAGUUGUUUAAUUGAUAAAUUAUUUGGUUUUAAAAUUGACAGUAGUGAACAUUGCACAUCACAGUUGCUCAGACGUUAAGGGGCACUUCAGAAAAAAACUAAUUUAGUUGACUUUUUUUUUUCUUUUAUUCAUCUAGAUUAAUGUGAAAUGAGCAGUAAAGAUCAAAGAUGUCUGCCUUCUCUUUGAUAUAACGCAAAUAAAUUUUCACCCACCUUGUGGUGCGCAAAGCAUCCUACAUAGAAAUGCUUCUUUCGACCUGGUUACUCAAAAUGAAAUCUGCAAAUCAUGUUGUGAGCUGUUUAAUGAAGGAUCUGUUUUCAUGAAACUACAGUACCAGUCAAAAGACUUUGACUGGUACUGUAUAUCCACUGAUGACAAAAAGGAUGCAGCAGGACCGAACCUCGGGUCACAGGUAGAUACACUCUUUCUGUAGUUCAGUAGAAAUGAGAUGUGACCAGUAACCUGGUCAGCGAUAUGCUGCUGAGUUUUUUUUUAAUGGCAUUUUUGGAGGGGGGGCUUUGAGCAUCACAAGGCAAAUGCCAUUUAGAUCCAUCUUAUCCAAAGAAGGCAGGAGACUCUCAAAUCUGGGCUACUGACGCCAAAAAGUAGAUGGAGAAAUGGUACUAUGAAAAUGAUAAUUAUUUGAUUUUUGUGACGAAUUGUACUUUAGGCUGACAUAUUUAAUGGCUUUGUUUGUCUGAUUGGCAGCUGAAAAUGUGAAAGAAGUCUCACAAUCUGAGAAGAUGGAUGUAGAGAAUGUCACCUUUGUUCAACAACACGACCUUAAAUUAUUAAUUUGUUAUCAAAAUGGCCUGCAGAACAAUUAUUUUAUUUACUGAUAGGACAAUUAAUCAAUCAACUGUUAUAGACAUUAAGGUAUACAUUGUGUGUAUGAAUUAUUUGUGAAAGAUGAGCCCAAGGGAUUAUUAUCUAAUCCACAGUGAGCAGAUAUUUUCAUUGGUACCGUGGUGGUUCAUUAGUAUGCAGAGUGCCAGAAUAGUGCAACCACAGUUGUUUAAAUGCUGGAUGUUUCUGUCUGCUGUACACAGUAGAGUUCUUGAUGUCUUAAGGUGAACAUGAACUCAGAGGCACAUAAAACCAGAAGCAUACAAUUUAUUAAAAGGUACUCCUGGCUGGAUGGUUAUAUUUGACUUGUAGCCUUGAGCGUUCACUGUAGAGGCUAUUUUGGUGCAUGGACAAGAAGAACGGAAGGUUUUGUCAGCUCCUUUGGGUGCAGAGUGCAGCAGCUGUUAAUGUGGGUUUAACAGGAAGUGUUGAUAGAAUGUCACCGUGGCAACACUGUGUUGAUCCAGACCGAAGUCAGAAAACAUUCGGUAGCUCAGUUGAACACGGCAGUUUUGUGUUUUGGCCUCUUAGUGACCCAAAGAAAAAGAAGAACUGGGUGGAUGCAAAAUGGAUGUUUGAGCAUGACGAUGGGGUUGAAGCGUGAGAGAGAAUGGGUGACGGAGGCUCGUCUGGCCUUUGUUCAUCUGCGUGUUCAUGUGUCAGGGAUGAUACCGAGGUACAAGGAAGAGAAGGCUUUUAGAUAUCGCUUUUCCUUCCACAGUUAUCUUCUGCUGUGCAGGAAUUUCUCAUUUCUUUUCUUUUAUUUUUUUUACCAGUCAUUCCUCUACACUCCGCAUUAUCUAAAAUAUGAUUUACAGUUUAAUUUUUUUGUUUUUUGUGUAUUUCUGAUUUUUUUAUUUUUUUUUUAAAAAGGAAAGCAAUGAAGAAAAAUGAAUGAUUUGCACUUAUUAAGAAUGUUGUGCUGUUUUAUUGUGUUAUUUUUUUAUGUUUUAUCUUACAGCUGCUUUUAUAUUAUUUACCUUGAAAGGUUGUGGCAAUCUGCAAAUUCAUGUUUUCAUUGUGUUACUUUAUGAAGAAAUAUUCCCACAUUUUUCCAUCUUAUCACUUGACCACUCUGGUACUUUGUAUGUAAGUUGUUGCUUGAAUGCUGUUGCAGUGACUUCUACAGAGCAUGAUUCAUUCAACCACCACUCGUGAUGAACUCUUUUUUUUUUGGGGGGGGGGGGCAAAAAAAAAAGUAAGACAUAUAAUAUAUAAGCAGAAUUGUGUGCCACUGUUUUUUGGCACAUUAAAUGAUGUGAAAUCUGCAAAAGGGAAGAGGUUUUGAUGUUUUCCUACUGCGCUGCCAGUAUGUGUUCUGUCUCUGCUCUCUGAAUGGUGACUUGUGAUAAGCUUUGAUCAUUGGAAAUCUUGUCUGAAGUAGCUGACCAAAGAAGCCUGCUGUGCUCUGUGUUCUCAGACAGUCCACUCUAUACUGCAAACUGUGUGUGUGAAUGUGUUUGCGUGUGUUACUGCCUGCACAUGAAUGUGUGUGUGUCUGUGUGCGCAAGAGAAAUGAGAGAGACGCAUUCUCUCUGUGUUGCAGGUACUGACUGUUUACAUCUGUGUAAAUAUACUCUCUCACCUGUUCAUUUGCGUGCAGCAGUCAAUAAACAGAAGCCUGUGCUUUUGAUUAAA